CACUCCACCCAACCAGCGACUCCCAUUCUCUUUCUCCUCCCUCUUCUCCUCCCAUCCUAACCUCUACCCGUAUGUCCUCUCGCCUCCCUCCUCCACCUUUCCCCUCCCCUCUGUCAUUAACUAGUAUAUAAGGGCAUUGCAUCCCUCUCUAACUCUCUCACACACACAGUGUGUUUGCUGGGAAGGGGAUAGUCCAGGGGAAACUAGGGAUUACACUGUCUACCUGCCACUGAAGGACUUAUUUUCCUCUCUGGAAUUUCCAUUGAAGAGAUCUUGGAACAACAUCUUACCAGGAGCCCCUGCACUUCUGACCAAAUUCUUGUCCAUCAUCGAAAGCUCGUAACAUCAUCACUAUCACUUGAUCUGCAAAAUAUUUUCCUGCUGUCAGCAUCGUCAUUUGUCGGUCAACAUCGUCGAGGCGACCAUGAGCAGCAACUACAGCGUCACUCUCUCAGGCCCUGCCCCCUGGGGCUUCAGGCUGCAAGGAGGAAAGGACUUCAACAUGCCUCUCACCAUCUCCAGGCUGACAGAUGGUGGAAAGGCAGUUAAAGGUGGCAUUGCUGUUGGAGACUUGGUUCUGUCCAUUGACGGCAUUGCCACGGAGGGCAUGAACCACCUGGAGGCCCAGAACAAAAUCAAGAGCUGUGCAGGAAACCUCAGCCUCACUCUGCAGAAAGCCCCCAGUGUUCCUAAACCUCCUCCUGUGGCACCAAAGGGCGACAGAUCAGACAUCAUAAAACCAGUCGCCAUCACCCAUCCUCCACCCCAUCCUCACCUCCACACCUCCACUCACUCCACUGCCCCCUACAACAAGCCCCCCAGACCUUUCGGGGGCUACACCGCAGAGAAUGACCACCUUCCUCCCUCACUGUCCUCUUUUGCCACAUUCAUCCCAUCCCCAUCCUCGGCCUUCACACCUGCCUCCUCCUCCCACUCCAGUCCUCCUCCUCCUCUUUCUCCACCUCCUAUCUCUUAUCCAUCCUCUGCCUCCUCCUCCCCCCCUGUCCUCGUCCCGCCUCAGCCGUCGGUGUAUAACACACCAAUCAACCUCUACUCCACUGAGAAUGCGUGUGAGGUGGCCAUGGGGCAGAGGCGGGGCCUGUUGGAGAGUCAGGGUGGAGCCCUGGCCCUGCAGUUUAAUGGAGCUCCCAGGAAGCACAUUGUGGAUACAGACAUCCAUUUUUACCACGUGCCCACUCAUGCUGAUGCCAGCAGACAGCGCAUCAUGGAGGACACAGAGGACUGGCGUCCACGAACAGGCACCACUCAGUCCAAAUCCUUCAAGAUUCUCGCUCAGAUCACCGGCACUGAGAACGUUCAAAAUGAAGAAGCUGACACAGCCAAGAAGACAAAUGAUGAGAGUGAGGAACCUCAACUCAACACCCACGAGUCUGCAGCUGUCAAGACGAUGAUCAAAGGACCUGCUACAGCUCAAGGUCGUCGUCCUCAGACCGGUUUAAUCACUCCAUCUUUUGGUAUGAAGGGUAAUGGCAGCACCAGCGUCCCACUGGGUCCUGCCCCAGCUCGACCUGUUCCUCAACCCCACCCUAAAGAUGAGGACACCCUGGUCCAGAUGGCAGAACAUAUUCCUGCUGGGACUCGUACACCAAUGUGCGCCCACUGCAACAUGGUCAUCAGAGGGCCGUUUUUGGUGGCGAUGGGAAAAUCAUGGCAUAAGGAGGAAUUUAACUGCGCUCACUGCCGCACAUCGCUAGCAGAUGUUGGCUUUGUGGAGGAACAGGGAUCUGUCCACUGUGAACACUGCUACGAAGAGUUCUUUGCUCCAACGUGCAGCCGCUGCCAGACCAAGAUACUGGGGGAGGUGAUAAAUGCCCUCAAACAGACGUGGCACGUCUACUGCUUCCUGUGUGCUCGCUGUCAGCAGCCAAUCAGAAACAACACCUUCCACCUGGAGGAUGGAGAACCAUACUGUGAGCAAGACUUUUACAGCUUGUUUGGGACUGGCUGCCAUGGCUGUGAGUUUCCCAUCGAGGCUGGGGACAAAUUCCUGGAGGCCCUUGGUUAUACCUGGCACGACACCUGCUUUGUUUGUGCUGUGUGCUGUACCACGCUGGAAGGCCAGACAUUCUUCUCCAAGAAGGACAAACCUCUUUGCAAGAAACAUGCUCGCACGCUGAAGAUAUGAAGCUUGAACUCUUUUCAUGCUUUAUUAGCCAUAUGUUCUCUCUUGAAAGGGACUCUUACUGAAAUAAUAGUUAGUUUGUGCGACAAUACAACUCCAGCAAUUCUCACUCUUACAUGGUGGGGGUUCCUCCUGAGAAAAGAAGCGAUAAAUCUUGCAGUAAAGAGUGAUAGUUCUCAGUUUUGAUCAGUUUAUUUGGAUUCUUUGUACUCAUGCAUCAAGCAUAGGACACUUUUGCAGCCAAAUGGUGCAGUAUAUCUGUACUACCAGAGUUUUCUAAUACAGAAGACUGUCAUGAUGAUCUUUUAUUUCUUCAUAUUUUCUUAACAUUAAGUUACUAAAAAACAUGAGUGGUGAGUCUGUCACGUUCUCUGUUCUACCCUGUUAAAUUACACGCAUCAUUACUCAUGACUAAUUCUCAUUAGACAGUCCCAGAGAUGUGUGAAAAUAUAUAUUCCUACUCAUACUAUAUAAAUGCAAUGGGAGAGGAGGACAUUUACAAAUACUCGAAGUGGGCGUUUAUAUUUGUUAGUGUUAAUGCGUGGUAAUCUGACCAGACACUUUUAAGAACUCUAAAGAAUAUUAUUGAUUUUCCUGUCGAACUUUGCUAUACUUUAUUGUUGCAUUCUUUGUUCUCCAUAUAGGCUAAAAUCAUUUCACAAUCUGCUAUAUAAUAUCACAACAUGUAUUUAAAAAAUGCAGAAUACACCUGUAUUACAUUCAUGGGUACAGGUUGGGCUGAAUGUAUGUGGUAAUAACUGAAGCUGCUAAUCAUAUGAUUAGUUGAACUUUUUAAUAUUUUUAAAAGAUUUCAUUUUAAUUUUAAAUCAAUUUUAUUUUCUUUGGCUUUUGUUGUGCGAAAUUGAUAACAUCUGACAAAAUGCAUUGACAUUUACAUAUAUGAAUCUGAAACAGUAAGGCACUUGACAAAAAUAGACAACAGAAAAUGCCAGUAAUAAUAAUAAUAAUAAUAAUAAUUAAAAUACAUGAACUCAUAAAAUCUAUUUAAUAAUUUAUAUUUGCAGUAUAUCACUGCAUAGCACUGGUAGAAAUCUAUUUUCAGUAUUUAGUGCCAUAUAGUUUAAGAAAUCAUAUUUUUAUUUUUAUUUAUUUUACCUCAAACACGACUUUUAAAAAAAAAAUAGAUAUUUGCUUUAAUGUCUGGUUGAUUCAGUCCUCCAAGUGCAUCAUUUAAGUGUGUAGCUUUCUCUGGUCUACAGGGAAAUAAUUUGUGUAGUAAGCUCUAUUUUAUUUUGUUUAGAGGAGGGAGAAAUAUGAUUUGACGAUAUAUAUUUAAUUAUUAGUAUUUUGGUAACUGGGCUUGUAAUUUUUAAGGGUUGGAUGAAAAGCAAUUUCUUCUUUUUUGUAUCUCAUUUGACUGUCCACAGUUUGGUGAUAUUUACUUUUCAUUAUUUCUACUGGAUACAUAUGGUCUUUAGUAUGUUCUCCAAACACUAACACAAAGGGCAACAAAGCUCACUCUAACAUCAUUUUUCCAAUAAUUAUCAUGGAAGUAGUUGUGUUUCUGUAAUUUGGGAUGAAAGGGGUAAGUAUAGAGGAAAGUGGUAAACAAACGUGGUAAUUAAUGUUUAAUUUUCACUACAAAACUCCAGUUGGAACGGUUAAAAUUGACCUGAGUUGUUUAAUAAAUAUUAUGCUUUUAAACCCCCA